AGGCUCUCUUUAGUGUAUGACGUGUUUUUGAGUCGCCCGGUAGCAGUAGCUUUCGGGUCACUGUUUGGAGGACAGCUAAGAUGGCCCUGACGGUGGUCCGGUUCCUCUUCCCAGCGAGAACAACUGCUGUCAGAGCGGGGAGCGUUGUUCAGAAGGCGGGUAUUCAUUCGAGCCCAGGGCGGAGCCUGGAGUAUGGCUGGUGGGCAUACAUUCUGGGAGAGAGGACCACACCGCGGUUCAAGCAGUACAGCAAAAUUAUCACAAUUGAUGGCAACCUAGCCUCAGGGAAAGGAGCGCUGGCCCAGAAGCUGGCUGACAAACUGGGGAUGCUGUACAUGCCAGAGGCUGACACCUUCUACGUGGACAGGAUGACUGGUGAGAAGGAGCCUCUCCCUCGUGACUUUAAUGGCAUGUGCAGCCUGGAGAAGUUCUACGCAGACCCUAAAGCUGCUGAUGGCAACAGCUACAGGCUGCAGCUGUGGAUGUACACCAUGAGGCUGCUGCAGUACUCGGAUGCCAUCGAGCACCUGCUCGCCACAGGCCAAGGAGUAAUCCUGGAGCGCUCUCCAUUCAGCGACAUGGUCUUCCUGGAUGCCAUGUUCAACCAGGGCUACAUCAGGAAGGAAUGUGUGAAUCACUACAAUGAGAUCAAAACCAUCAGCAUCUGUGAGUUCCUCCCUCCUCACCUUGUGUUGUACAUCGACCAACCAGCAGAGGAGGUGCAGAAGAAGCUCAAGCAGAGCGGGAAGCCCCACCUGCAGAACCUGCAGUAUCUGAAGAGCAUAGAGGAUUCCUACAAGAAGACUUUCCUCCCUAGCAUCCGAGAAACCUCUGAACUGCUGGUCUAUGAUACGACCCAAACUCAGGACGUUGAGAGGGUGGUGGAGGACAUAGAGUACCUGAAGUUUGAUAAGGGGCCGUGGCUGGAGCAGGACGACAUUAGCUACCACUACAUGAGAAAACUAGUGCAGGACAAACAGAGGAUCGGCUCGCUCACCCACAUACCUGUGUUCCUGCCGGAGAUCACCAUCGGUGCCCACGACUACGACCAGAAGUACUACGCUUACAGAGCGCUGCCUGGGAAGAAUUAUGCUCGUGGCUACAAUGCAGAUGUUGGAGACAAGUACAUCUGGCUCAAGUGAAUUUUCUUUUCUUUCAUCUUUGAUUUUGACUGAUCUGAUCUGAACUCAGUAAUGUUGUACAGUCUGAGGAAAAACUAUGUAUUAAAGAAAUAUUAAAAUUAAA